UGUUGGGAAAAUAUAUAAAUCCUUGAAAGGAAUUUUGAAUCACAAGUUUGAUCGGAUGGUUCAACAGAUGCUUUCCGGAUAAAAAGGGAUGCUAUGAACUAUUUACCAACAUUCUCUGCGCAUUAAAUUAUCUACCCUGCUUCCUCAAGACACACAGACCAAUGGAUCAAACACAGGAACCAAUUCAGAGUGACAGCAAAAUAGACAAUGAAGAAAAUUUGGAAAACGAAGAGGAAGGAAGAGAAGAUUUUCAUUGUGGUAGAAGGGAAGAUCAUAGGCUCUCCAGUGAACUCGAUGAUCUUGAUUCCAAUCAAGUGAGGUUUGAGGAAAAUGGCGAAAGGACUUCUGAAACUGGAGAAGAAGACAAGGAAAAUCAUGUGGGAUUUGAAGAUCAUGAAAGACACUCCACAAUAGAUAAUAUACUCGAACCAAAUGGAGUUGAUGAUGAAGAAGAUAAUGAUGAUAAGGAUACUCCAACUCUUCCUGGUGAUGAUGAAACAGAAGAACAAGAAGAAACGCCUACUCCAGAACAAGACGAAGAGAAUCCAGUGGAAGACGAAGAGGAGGGUCCGACAAGAGAUAAUUUAGACACCAAAGAAGAAUCUCAGAGAGAUUCCUUUGCUGAGUCUCAGCUUUCCGAAGAGGGAAGACCAGAAGAAGAAGAAAACGAGAAAGAUAUCAUAAAGAUCUUACAGAAAGAAUCUCAGUACGAUCGAGCUUCGUCAUUCAGCUCUUUGUCCGUCAAUAUUGGUUCAACCCAACAAGAUUCCGACUCUGAACUGCAAACUACUUCCCGCGCUUCGCCUGAAUGCGACAUUGGGGAAGAAAGUUUUGAUAGAACGUCGGUGGACAACGAUGAAAACGAGGAGGAAGAAGUAGAGGUAGACGCUGACGAGCUGCAAAUAAAUAUAGAUGAAAGCGAAGAGAAGGAUGAAUCUAUCGAAGAAAGAGAAGGUCGACUUGUGAAGCAAGCUCACCACGAUAUUGCUCUAACGCUUGAUACACAGGAGAAACCGGAAGACGAUGAAGACAAGACCACUGCAAGCGAAGAACCGACGUCUGAAGACGACACCAUGGCAACGGCUGACGCUGGUUUAGAAACAGCGGAAGACAAGGACGAAUCCGAAGAGGAAUCGGAGAAGGAUGUUGAAGAGGAAUCAGAGGAAGCUGAAAAUGAAGUAGCAAGAAAGGUACCUGAUGUAUUAAUGUCUUUUGAAAACAAAGAGGAAGAAGAAGAAGAUGUUAGCGAGAAAGAAGAACAAGAAGAGACGAAGCCAGAAUCUGCAAACAAAGACGACAACAAUGAACCUUCAUCGGAGAGGACAGAAACAGAAGCUUCAAGUAAGGAUUUUGUUACAACUCCUGCAAGCGAUAAAACAGCUAGAAAAGAGGUUGGGACGCAAGUAGGAGUUACAGUGAAUGAUAAGUGUGAGGGAACAGAGAAAAAACAAUUUGAUAAUGAUAACGAUGAUACAGAAGUAAAUGCAAGCAAAGAUGUCGUGACACGAGAAGAGCUACAGGUAACAGAAGAAACACAGGAAACAGAAGAAGCACCAGUCGAAACAGAAGAAACACCGGAAACGGAAGAAGCACCCGAAACAGAGGAAACACCGGAAACAAAAGAGGCACCAGAAACAGAAGGAACACCAGAAACAAAAGAGGCACCAGAAACAGAAGUAACACAGGAAACAGAAGAAAUAAAGGAAACAGAAGAGGCACCAGUCGAAACAGAAGAAACACAGGAAACGGAAGAAGCACCAGAACCAGAAGAAACACAGGAGACAGAAGAGGAACCAGAAACAGAAGACACACCGGAAACAGAAGAGGCACCAGAAUUAGAGGCAACACCGGAAACAGAAGAAGCACCAGAAACAGAGGUAAUACAGGAAACAGAAGAGGAACCGGAAACAGAAGAGGCACCAGAAACAAAGGAAACACCGGAAACAGAAGAGGCACCAGAAACAGAAGAAACAGAGGAGACAGAAGAGGAACCGGAAACAGAAGAAACACGGGAAAUAGAAGAGGCACCACAAACAGAAGCAACACUGGAAACAGAAGAGGCACCAAAAAUAGAGGAAACACCGGAAACAGAAGAGUCACCACAAACAGAGGAAACACCGGUUACAGAAGAGGAACCGGAAACAGAAGUAAAACAGGAAAAAGAAGAGGUACCAGAAGCAGGAGAGGCACCAGAAACAGAAGAGACACAGGAAACAGAAGAGGCACCAGAAUUAGAGGAAAAAGAGGCACCAGAAACAGAAGAAACACCGGAAACAGAAGAGGCACAAGAAAUAGAACGAGAAGAAGAAAAAAAAGAAGCAACACCAGAAUCGCAACAAGAAGAACAAAAAGCAAAAACAAAAGAAGAGGAAGCGAACGAGGUUGUUUACCACAGAAUCAAGGAAUACGAAAAUGAAGUUUUACAUCAAUUUGAAGAAAAACAAAAUCAUUCUGUUCAUCAGCCGGAGCUGCAAGCCCUAGGACUUGGAGACGACCACAGCGAACACACCAAAGUCAAAGAACUUGGGCGAAUCUUCCAAAACAAGGAUCCAAAUGCCAAAGCUGUGUGUCCGAGGGAACCAAAUACAAGUGAGAAGAGCCCAGUAAGUGUGAGUCGGUUUAAAGAGAUGUUUGAACAUGGAGAACCACUGUUGAGUCCAGCUGCUUAUGGAACUGUUUCCGAAGAAGAAUGCGCAAGUCCACGUCCAGGAAUCGUAAAGAAUCUUCGAAGUCUUUUCGAGAAUCCAAAGAAUUUUGAAUGGAAGGAAACUGCCAAGAGCACCACAGUAGUAAACUAA